GACCCACGCGGGGCUGCCGUUCCUUCGGGGGUUCAACGGCAUGAUCAAAGACACCGGGGUUCAAGCGAUUCUCCUGCCUCAGCCUCCUCAGCAGCUGGGGACUACAGGCGCCCGCCACCACGCCCAGCUAAUUUUUGUGUUAAUCAAAGACGCAUUUCAACGCAGAGGAGGAAGUGCUAGCGGACCCACUCCAAGGUGCACAGUUAGAGAAGAAGCCUCUGCGGCGGCCGGAGCCCCCCACGGACAUCCCCUUGAGGCCCCCCAGCCCCGCCCCCAAGAGUCCCGCCCCCAGACCCGUCGAGCGAGCUCCCCUCCCUGAAAUCCUCGCCCCGAGAUCUCCGGCCAGCGAGCUCCGCCCCCUUUAGUCUCCGUCCCAAGAUCCGGGGCCGGCGAGCUCCGCCUCCCGAAGUCCCCGCCCCCAGAUCCCCGGCCGGCGUGCUUUGCGGCCGCCCUGCCGCGCGCACAUGUAGGCGUUCCGAGCGGCGGCAGAGAUUGUCCGCGGUGACUACACUCAUGGCAGGUCCCCUGUGGCGGACCGCAGCAUUUGUGCAGAGACACAGGACAGGCCUCUUGGUGGGUUCCUGUGCAGGCCUGUUUGGAGUUCCAAUCUCGUACCACCUCUUCCCGGAUCCCGUGGUCCAAUGGCUGUACCAGUACUGGCCUCAGGGCCAGCCAGCUCCGCUCCCUCCACAGCUGCAGAGCCUCUUCCAAGAGGUGCUACAGGACAUAGGUGUUCCUUCAGGCCAUUGCUACAAGCCGUUCACCACCUUCACCUUCCAGCCUGUGAGUGCAGGCUUCCCAAGACUCCCUGCUGGGGCUGUGGUGGGCAUCCCUGCCAGUUUCUUGGGAGACCUAGUGAUCAACACUAACCAUCCCGUGGUCAUACAUGGGCAUACAGUGGACUGGCGGAGCCCAGCAGGCGCCCGGCUGAGAGCUUCCCUGACCCUGUCCCGUGAAGCUCAGAAGUUCGCCUUGGCCAGGGAAGUGGUGUACCUGGAAAGCAGUACCACUGCCGUGCAGGCCCUGCUGGCCCCAGCUUGCCUGGCAGGGACCUGGGCACUGGGCGUGGGUGCCAAGUACACCCUGGGGCUCCAUGCAGGCCCCAUGAAUUUACGGGCUGCCUUCAGCUUGGUGGCAGCAGUGGCAGGCUUUGUGGCCUACGCCUUCUCCCAGGAUUCUCUCACUCAUGCCGUGGAGUCCUGGCUGGACCGCCGCACGGCCUCCCUCUCUGCAGCCUAUGCCUGUGGUGGAGUGGAGUUCUAUGAGAAGCUUCUGUCGGGCAACCUGGCCCUGCGCAGUCUCUUGGGCAAAGAGGGGGAGAAGCUGUAUACACCCAGCGGGAACAUCGUCCCCAGACACUUGUUCCGAAUCAAACAUUUACCCUACACCACCCGCCGGGACUCUGUGCUGCAGAUGUGGAGGGUGAUGCUCAAUCCGGGCCGCUCCUGAUGGGCUCAUCACAAGGACACUUCCAGCUUGUGCAGACACCACCCUGCCAUUGAGUCUGGAGGGCCCUGUUGGAGCCUUUGGACCUAUAGCUCAAGGCCAGAAAAAUCACUGGCUUUGGAAUUAAAUAGCUUAGAUUGUACUAUAACCACUACUUAUGAACUCAGGGACUGUGAGGGACUAUUCAGGGACUAUGAAUCUGAGCCUUUGUUUCUUGAACUGUAAAGUGGAGAUGAUGUAAACUGCCUUGCAAGAUUGUAGAGUUGGGUAAGGUCAUGAACAUAAGGGCCUGGCGCAAAGGGUGCGCUGUAAAUAAACAGACAUCCCUCCUUG